CAACAAAAAAGAGAUCAUGAUGAAUCUGAAUUCAGAUGUGUACAGACCAUAAUAAGACAAAUUAAAGUUAGUACUUUGGCUUUAAUCUCAGAAUUCUGUGGAAAAAUAACAAAAAACUCACUUAAAUCUGAGAUAUUUUAUGUUAUUUGUUCACUGUGUAGUAUAGUGUUAUUUUUAGAUAUUUUAAUAUUCUGUUUCUAAACAUUGUUCGUGUAGUUCCUUCUCCAGGCAUGCAGGCGGCGUUAGAGAUACGCAAUCAAAACCCUGUCCAUUUAUUUUUGCGUUUUCUUCAGUGCCUUAUACAGAGUUAAUGAUAUAACUCGGUCAAAUAUCUGUUCAUAACAACACGACCGUAGUCUCUUUAAAAAAAGAAGCAAACACUCUGAAUGUAUGUUAAAGUUGGUGUGUUGACAUUGUUCCUCCUGAUAAUCGUCCUGGAAGCAGAUAAAGACCUCGAACCCUCGGUAACGCAACAUGUUACGUCACGUAUCUGCUCUAUCUGCAGCAGGUUACUUCUAUAUUUUCCGAGGGGGGUUUGUUUUGACAAAUGACGGUAACACGUAUGCGAGCGCCUCCUACUGUUGUGUCUUGGUAGGCAAAACCACACAAAACAACUCCGAAGGGAGGAGUGUUUGUUUUUACAAACUCAAACAUGAAGUGCACCUUGAAAAGCGCUAGUGUUUUAACUCUAAGUCGUCACCAGGGCUCACUGACCUCCUUAUCCUGCACAGUGGCUGCAGUGGACUCUGACCGAGCCGGGAGUCAGUUCCAUCAGCGUGUCUGUGUAACAACAACCUGAAAGACAUUGUUUCUUGAACUGCUUAAAAAAAGGAACAGAGCAAGACGUCAAACUCAACCGCAGGGACCGAGGACACACGUUCCUGGACCACCUUCUUCUCAGGCUGUGUGGUCUCCUUCAGACUAAUCCAGCCGCAGCAUGGCUCUGCUAAUCCACCUCCUGGCCUGUGCCUUCGGUCUGGGCUCCUGGGUGGCAGUGAACGGUCUGUGGGUGGAACUACCGCUCAUUGUCAACACUCUUCCAGAGGGCUGGAAUCUGCCCUCGUACCUGACCGUCAUCAUACAGCUGGCCAACGUAGGACCCCUGCUGGUCACACUCAUGCAUAAGCUGUGCCCGGGUCGACUCAAGGAGCCCGUGGUCAUUGUCUUCAUUCUCUGUGUCGGCGUCCUGUCCUGCGUUUUGCUAGCCUUCUUCUGGGACAGGACCUCGGUCGUGGCGGGGAGAACCGCCAGCACGGCCUUCUUCAUCCUCACCUUCUUCCUCUCUCUGGUGGACUGCACCUCCUCCGUCACCUUCCUGCCCUUCAUGAUGCAGCUCCCGGCCAAAUACAUCACAACGUUUUACAUUGGCGAAGGGCUGAGUGGCUUCGUUCCCGGUGUAGUGGCUCUGGCUCAGGGUGUUGGCAUCGCCAAGUGCGUCAACUCCACCGGGACUCCAGCGGGAAACAACACUGACGGGAACCUCUGGUCCUUACAAGCAGAGUACAUGUCUCCGACGUUCUCCACUCAGGUGUUUUUCUUCCUUCUGGCGGCCAUGAUGGUCAUUAGCCUGUCUGCCUUCUUCGCACUGAACAAAAUGCCUCGAACGUACGAAGUGUCCACAGAAAACCUCGUGUCGGAGGACGGCGUGUACGUCAGCUCCGGCCUGGACAACCCUGGGGCAGAGCUCGACGGAGAGGCUGUAAAAAGCAAGGGUGAAGGGGAAGGUGAAGGUGAAGCUCAGAGUCGCCCUCGUCUGGCCAGUGCAGACUACUCCGUGUGCCAGACCGUCUUUAUUUAUUCUGUGGUGCUGUGGAUCAAUGCAGCCACCAACGGCCUGCUGCCCUCGGUUCAAACCUACUCCUGUAUACCCUACGGGAACCUGGCCUACCACCUCUCUGCUGCCCUGUCAUCUGUGGCCAACCCAUUGGCCUGCACCGUGGCCAUGUUCUUCCAGAACAGAUCGCUGGUGUUCCUGGGUCUGCUCACCGCCCUGGGCACAGGGUUCGGCAGCUACAACAUGGCCAUGGCGGCCAUGAGUCCGUGUCCGCUGCUCCAGGGCUCUGUCAUGGGAGAGGUUUUCAUUGUAAGUGAAACAUUGAAAAUGUUGAGAAAGAAAAGUGUGUGUGUGUGUGUGUGUGUAACACGUGUGUCCUGUCAGUCUGCAGCUCAG